UUGACUAAUCGUAUUGAUCACAAUUCUGCCAAUUGACCAGCGUGAUUGAUCAUCAAUUUUACGAGAUCUAUAACUUGCGUUUGCGCUUGCGAUCAAUGUAGAACGGGCUUUACAUUUAACCAGUGUUUUUAAUUCUAAUUUUUCUAUUCUAAUAUUUUCUCUAUUGUGGUAGGUCCUAAGUUUCUGGUAUAUACUAUCGAGAGUCGAGGUGUCGAAUGUAACAAUUUUCUCAAUCAAAUGAUCACGUAUGAUUACGUGUAGACGUAAUAAUUUGAAACAGUUUGUUAAUGGCAGCUAUUGAUAAAGUUAAAGUUAUCGUAGUUGGCGAUUCAGGUGUUGGUAAAACAUCAUUGACACAUUUAAUAUGUCAACAACAACCUAUUAGUAAUCCUUCCUGGACGAUAGGUUGUUCGGUAGAAGUAAAACUGCAUGAAUAUAAAGAAGGAACACCUAAUCAAAGAAGAUAUUUUAUUGAACUAUGGGAUAUUGGUGGCAGUCAGAGUCACAAAAACACAAGAUCUGUGUUUUAUAAUCCCACAAAUGGCGUAAUAUUAGUCCAUGAUUUAACAAAUCGUAAGUCGCAACAGAAUCUGCAGAAAUGGCUAGAAGAGGUCUUAAGUAAGGAUGGAACUUUUUCAAAGACAAAAUUGUUCGAGGACUUUGAUCCUGAGAAAUUUGUGGGUUCAACACAGAUACCAAUUUUAGUAAUUGGCACAAAACUUGAUUUGAUCUCAGAAUCCAACUUCAUAAAGUCAAAUGUACAAAGACGUUCGGCAACUAUUGCGGAAGAAUGUGGUGCUGACGAAAUAUUUUUGGAUUGCCGCCAGAUAAGAGCUUUAGCAGCAGGCACCAGUUCGUCUGUAAAGCUUAGCAGGUUUUUUGAUAAAGUUAUUGAAAAACGGUACUAUUCUUCCAGAGAAGCGCUCAGUCCGGACAAACGGCGAGCGCCGUACAAUUUCUCACUUUAUACAAAAUUUUAUCACAACGAUUAAGUGUAUGUUACGAAUAUAUUAUAUUUAUAAAUUAUCUCGUAGUUAUGAAAGAAAUAUUUUCCUCUUAUGGAUAAACCAAACUGUUGUUCUUACUAUAUAAAGCGUUACACAAAAUUUCGUGGAUUAUGUAAUUGCGGUGCAAUCUUUCGCAUUUCUUAUCUACAUUCCUAAUCUUCCCACGGAAAUAUACUGAUUAUGUUUAAAGCAUGCUGACCAUAACUAUAUUGAAUUGGCCUGUGAGUAAACAUGUUAAUAAUAUUAAUCAUAUACCAAUAUUUGUUAUUAUUCAUUAUUCAUUACUUAAUACCAGAUAUUAAUCGAUGUAAACUAAGCAAAAUAUCCUCGAGUGAUUGUGAACAAUAUAGAAAAAAAAUAGACAACGUUCGUGAUAUUUUUCACAUAUCUAUGUUGUGAAGCUAUUGUAUCGUUAUAUAAGAUACAUUUUAUGAUUAUAUACCAAGAUGUGUGUAUGAAUUACUAUGAUACACGAUAUUCUAUCAUUUUACAUCAAGUAAAGAUCGAUGUAUAUAUGAAUUGUUUAAAAAAUAUAUAUGUAAAAUGUG